AUGGCUUCUGGAGACAUCGCAAUUAUUGGCAUGGCAUGCCGCUUCGCCGGCGACGCGAAGUCACCAGAGGCCUUUCAUGAAAUGUUACAAAAAGGAAAAGAUGCUUGGACCAAAGUUCCUCCUUCACGCUUCAAUGUAGAAGCAUUUCGGCACCCAUCGAAAGAUCGCAGUGGAAGCAUGGUCUGCGAGGGUGGUUAUUUCUUAGAGCAAGACGUUUCCAAAUGGGACGCCCCGUUCUUUACAUGCUCUGCUUCCGAAGCCCGUUCCUACGAUCCUCAACAGCGCCUGCUUCUUGAACUUGCGUACGAGAGCUUAGAGAGUGCCGGUAUCCCCAUCACACACAUCGCGAACACCGAUGCCGCCUGCUUUGUGGGUGCGUUCUCCGAAGACUACAAGUCGAUUGUAUCAAGAGACAUACAUACUACGCCACAAUAUGCGAAGACGGGCACGGCGCUCUCCAUCCUUUCGAACCGCAUCAGUUGGUUCUACAACCUGCGAGGCCCAUCGGUCACUUGCGACACGGCAUGCUCUAGUUCUAUGGCUGCCUUGCAUAUAGCCUGCGAGACGAUACGGUCUAACAGCAGUCCAACCCGCUGUGCGCUGGUAGGAGGCGCAAAUCUCAUCUUGGAGCCGGACGACUAUUGUGGGCUCAACGCCCUUGGAUUUCUCAGCCCAAACAGCCGUUGCUUCUCCUUCGACUCACGAGCAGAUGGGUAUGCGCGGGGAGAGGGGGUAGCUAUGAUUGUCUUGAAACAUAUUGAUGAUGCGUUGCGCGACGGUGACCCCAUCCGGGCUGUGAUACGCGGCACUGGCCUCAACUCAGACGGCAGGACCGCUGGUAUUACCCUGCCAAGUGCGGAGGCCCAAGCGAGGUUGAUAGUGAACACAUACCGCAUGGCGAAUCUCGACCCUGCUGACACCCAGUAUGUUGAGCUUCACGGCACCGGCACGAAAGCUGGUGAUAGUGCAGAGGUUCGCGCAAUUUCCCACACGAUCGCUACUGCCCGAAGCCAGCCGCUCUACUGUGGUUCGGUCAAGUCAAGAGUUGGGCACACGGAGGCGGCAGCUGGUAUGGCAGCUAUCAUCAAAUCUGUUCUCUGCCUUGAAAAGGGUGUAAUUACUCCCAAUCUCAACCUUGCGACAGUGAACCCUCGGCUCAUGCUUGACUCUCACAACAUGGUCGUGCCCACUUCCUCGAUACCAUGGCCGGAAUGUGAAGUGCGACGAUGCUCAAUCAACAACUUUGGAUUUGGCGGUACCAACGCUCAUGUAAUUCUCGACGACGCAUACAACUAUCUUCGACUGAGAGGUAAACUUCUAAGGACGAAGCAAGAGCUUGCUUUGGUCCAGCCCCGCGUCUUUGCUCUGUCAGCUCCCGAGCAAGCAGCUAUGGCGCGACAACGCCAUGCCCACGCAGACUACGUGGAAUCCCGAUACACAGCUGCCACACUACAACCCCUUGCUAGGACACUAAGUGAGCGACGAUCUGUUUUCCAAUGGAGGCAUGCUGUUGUUGCAUCCUCUCCACAGGACCUGUCGUCUGUAUGGAGAGACGACACUAUAGCGCCCGUGAAAGCUGCGACGAACCCCAACGUGGCCUUUAUUUUCACGGGACAAGGAGCUCAGUGGUACGGAAUGGGCCGCGAGCUGGUAUGCUUCCCCGAGUUUGCGGACUCGGUUCGACGGUCCGCGGCGUGUCUGAUGGAUCUGGGCUGUGCCUGGGACGCUUGGGCGGAGCUGAUGCUGCCCAAAUCUGAAGCCGACUCCAAGGUCAAGCAGGCAGAGUACUCACAGCCACUGUGCCUGAUACUACAGAUUGCUCUGGUGGAUCUCGCAGCGCAUUGGAACAUCAAGCCCAUGGCAGUAAUCGGGCAUUCUUCUGGUGAGAUGGCUGCUGCGUACGCGGCGGGUGCACUGUCGCGGGAGGACUGCCUGAAGAUUGCUUAUCACCGCGGCCUCAUAUCCAAGAUGGCGCAGGACCGUAGGCCUGGAGGCGGUAUGAUGGCAGUUGGGUUAUCACUGGAACACGUUCAGCCUUAUAUUGCUCAUACUGAUGGUGUUGUUGGUAUUGCCUGCGUUAACAGUCCCGAAAGCAUCACCCUCGCUGGUGACAGGGCAGCCUUGGAGAAGCUCAAGGAAACCUUUGACCAAGAGAAAAUAUUUUGCCGCCUGCUACAAGUCGAGAAUGCCUACCACAGCUCCCAGAUGCUUAGUGUCAGUGCGGACUAUAGAGAGAGCAUCAAGGAGAUAGCGCCUUCCCAUGUCCCCUCUGUUGCAUUCUAUUCGACUGUUCACGGCCGCCAAAUACCAACGUGUGAGCUGACUGCCGACUACUGGGUUCAGAAUCUGUGUUCAACUGUUCAAUUCGUAGACGGCCUUGAUGACAUGAUGUAUGCAGAUGUUGCUAAUAGGCAACUCAAGGCCAAGUCCAAAAUGCCAAGUCUGCUGUUUGAGAUCGGUCCACACUCUACGCUGGCUGGUGCCAUCAGGCAGUAUAAAGCGAACCGUGAUGGUUUGGAGAAUUUGACAUACAAUUCUAUCCUUGUGCGCGCGAAGGAUGCCUCACUCACAGCCGUUGGGGCCGCUGGCACGCUGUGGACCAUGGGAGUUCCGGUCAAGUUGGAUAAGGUGAGUGCCAUGAAGAAGUUGAAGCUUAAACUUGGAGGCCUGUCUAACACAUGUGAAAAGGUUAAUAAUGUGCAAGAAUCUGCUGGUGUUCUUACAGACCUGCCGACCUAUCAGUGGAACCACUCAACAUCGUACUGGCAUGAGAGCAGACAGUCUAGGAACCACCGUCGACCACAGUUUCCAAGACACGACCUCAUCGGAUCACUGUUAGAAUCAUACAACGCCAUUGAGCCAGUAUGGAAGAACCACUUGCGUGUUUCUGAUUUGCCUUGGCUUCAGGACCACCAGAUCCACGGCGAUAUUGUCUUUCCCGCAGCGGCCAUGAUCUGCUCCGCCGUGGAAGCUGCCAGACAAAUCGCGGCCGUCGAGGGCUCCAGUGCCGAUGUAUCAGGCUUUGAAUUCCGCGAGCUUUCCGUAUCAAAGGCCCUGGUCAUCCCAAACAAUGAUAUUGGGGUAGAGGUCCAUACCAACCUCAAGCGCAGAAAGGUCGGAUCAGGCAGCGGUGCCGGGCCAUGGUUUGAGUUUUCCUACUACUCAUGCCAGGAUAACGAUACUUUCGUCGAACAUGCCUCGGGACUUCUGCGGAUUCAAUACUCAAACAAGGUGACCGAGGUCGACGGAGGGAAAGAAGCCCGCGAGGAGAUUCUUGCAUACAAUGAGCGAUGGAAUUCGAAACGAGCAUUGUGUCUCAAAAGGGUGCCAAGAUCCAGCCACUACAACUUUUGUGAUGAGCAGGGACUCCAUUUUGGAAAAACAUUCCAGGGCUUGCGCAGUAUUCACCAACAUGAAUUAACGGUUGCGUUUGAGACCAUGAUUCCGGACACGCGCGCAUGCAUGCCGGCAUUCAAGGAGAGCGACUAUGUCAUGCAUCCCGCGACGCUUGAUGCCUUCUUUCAAUCUAUGAUGAUCGCAGUUCCUAGGUUAGACACUGUUGAGAACCAGGUCUGGGUCCCAACCGGUGCAGGCUAUCUGUUCAUUUCGAAUAGCGUUGAUCGCCGGUAUGGCGCCACGCUGAAGGGCCUGGUCGAGUCCUCCAUUACAGGCAUACGUGAAAUGAAGACGUCUGUGCUCAUUAGAGACAGACAAGAGGAAAGCGCGCUGCCCGCCGUCAUCAUUGAUGAUUUCAAAUUGACUGGACUGGGAUCCACUCACAAGACGCCUGAAUCGUCAGAUGUGCUAUCUUCAAAGCUAUAUGCUGCUCCCGUUUGGAAGCCCGACGUGGAACUAGUUGACGGCCAGAUGCUACGAAAGAUGAGUCGAAUAGAGGAUGAUCACGUUGGCAUGGUCCAAUUCUGCGCAAUGAGUGACAAUCUUAUCAAACAGAUGUGCAGGCUCGCACUUGCGAAGCUCGGGCCCUGUAUCAAUGCGUCUUUGCCCCAUCAUCUCCUUAAAUACGCGGAGUGGAUGCACAAGCGAUGCGGGUAUAAGGCAACAGGGGUCAUAACACCUCCUGACAUUGCUAACAGCUGCAAUACCUGUCGUCCAUCGUUCGAACCACUUGACUUUGAAAGUUUCAUUGAACUAUACCCCGUCGAUGGACAACUUGCGCAACGUGUGUAUCUCGCUCUGAGUGCGAUAUUUGCACAGGAGACAACCCCUAUCGCGACCCUGCGGCAGGAUGACUUGCUCGACAAGGCAUACCAAGACACAUACGGACUGCAAGUACAUUCUGAGCAUAUGCAAACAUGGUUCGAGCUCAAGGCGCACAAGCAACCGAUCCUGCGUGUAAUUGAAAUCGGCGGGGGAACUGCGUCCAGCACACUACCACUCCUGCAGCGGCUGAGCCAAGAUGGGAGUGAGACACCUCUCUUCUCCUCCUGGACUUUUACCGACAUCUCAGCCGGAUGGUUCGAGAGUGCAAAGACCGUACUUAGAGACUGGGAGGGACGCGUGGAGUACAAGGUAUUGGACAUUGACCGAGAUCCUAUCGAGCAAGGCUUUGAGGCCGGCUCAUAUGAUGUCGUGCUGGCUGUUAAUGUACUCCACGCAACGAAGAGCAUCCACAGGACACUGCAGCACUGCCAUACACUGCUCAAGGCUGGUGGCAACCUUAUAAUGGGCGAGUAUACUAAUCCCAAUGACCUGGCCAGCUUUGUGUUCGGAAUCAUGCCUGGGUGGUGGGCUGCCGAAGAUGACCGGCAAGACGGGCCGUUGCUACGGCCGUCUCAGUGGCAUGAGUCGCUCCUGGAGGCUGGCUUCUCCGGCGCCGACAUAUCUCUGGGUGACAACGACGAUCCAACCGCUUACAGAUUGUCCACCAUUAUCAGCACGAAACCACGCAAGGCUUCCCUUAGGGAUGUUGUAGUUGUAGUCCCAGCUAGCUGCAGCACCUCGACCAAGACGGUUGCCUCAGAUAUCUGCCACCGCUUCAUGCAGCACGGCAACAUGGUAGCCGUCAAGGAUCUCGCCACUGCAGUAGUCGAGGCAAGGGGAAAGUCAGUAAUAUCCCUGCUAGAUUACGAGGCCCCGUUCUUUGAAGAUAUAUCAAAAGAGAACUUUGAACAUACCAAACAUCUUAUGCUUCACAGUCGAGAACUCCUAUGGGUUACACGGUCUGACCCCGAGGAAGCCCCUGGCCAUCCCGCAAAACGCUUGAUGUCUGGAGUUAUGCGUUGCGUCAAAAUGGAGGACUCAUCUCGUUUACUCUACGAGCUGCACUUGUCUCGUCUGCUGGACAGCGAUGUAAAGUCAACAAGUGCCGCAGUGUACAGACGUCUAUGUACUAUCUGGGAUGGUGCUGCUGAAGAGGAUCGAGUCGAGGAAAUGGAGACAGAAGAGAGAGGAGGGCACUUCCACAUUCCGCGCCAUAUGCCAUAUAAGGCUAUGAAUGAUAGUCUGGCAUGCGCGACCCAGACUACAGGCGUGAAGGCGCAAAUCGGGAACCUUUGCCAAGUUGGCCGGCCGCUGAAACUGACCAUUGGGCAUCCUGGCAUGCUCGAUACCCUUCAUUUUGUGGACGAUGAUGCAGGCCUGAAGCCUCUUGGUGAGCAGGAGGUUGAAAUUGAAGUCAAAGCCUGCGCGUUGAACUUCUUGGAUAUUAUGAUCACGAUGGGCCAGAUUCAACGGCCCGACAUCGGCCACGAAGCUUGUGGUAUUGUUACCCGUGUAGGCUCCAAGACGACAGAGUUCUCUUGCGGAGACCGUGUGCUCUUUGUCGGGCCUGGAGCAAUGAGGACUCAUAUCCGAGCUCAUGAAUCGGUCAUUCAGAGACUGCCGGACAAUAUGUCGUUUGAAGAAGGCGCUUCUAUUCCAAUUGCGUAUGCUACUUCCUACCGGUCCCUUGUCGAGGUAGCGAGACUUGAAAAGGGCGAGUCUGUUCUAAUUCACGCUGCUGCUGGAGGUUUGGGCCAAGCCCUUAUCCAGAUUGCCAAGAUGUUGGAAGCAGAGAUAUACUGCACCGUUGGAUCUUCUGCCAAGAAGCAGGCAGUUGUAGCUCUGGGCGUCGAACCGGACCGGGUCUUCAGUUCGCGUGAUCUUUCGUUUGCCAAAGGUAUCAAGCGCGUAACGGGAGGUCGUGGCGUGGAUGUUGUUGUCAACUCGCUGGCUGGAGAGGCUUUGCGCCUGAGCUGGGACUGCCUUGCACCAUACGGUAGGUUUAUCGAAGUAGGCAAAAAGGAUAUCCUUGGCAAUAGCGGACUCGACAUGAAGCCGUUUGUCAAUAACACCGUCUUUGCCGGCGUGAACCUGGAGGCCAUGAUGAUUGACGAACCUCUCCGUUGCCGGAAGCUAGUUUCAAAGGUACUGAAGCUUUUUGAGCAAGGUGCCAUUGGCUUUAUACGGCCCAUGACUGUUCGUGACUUCACGGAAGUGGAAAACGUAUUCCGCGAGAUGCAGCGAGGAAGUCACAUUGGUAAGCUGAUCCUCCAAGCAACACCCACGUCGCGUGUGCCUAUUCUGCCGAGGGCAGAAGUACCUUUGCGACUCAAAUCAGACGCAACAUAUUUACUUGUCGGUGGUCUUGGAGGCCUUGGCCGAGCUCAGGCCGCCUUCAUGGCGGAGAACGGGGCCCGUUAUAUUGCGUUCAUUUCUCGCUCUGGAGAUGCACGAACGGAGGCCAGAAAGGUCCUGGACACGUUGAAAGAGGCAGGGGUAGAGGCUAAGGCUUAUGCCGGCGAUGUUGCCGACAAGGUUCAGCUGAGGAAUAUACUGCAAGAGAUUUCUCGCAGUAUGCCGCCUAUCCGUGGUGUUAUUCAGGGGGCCAUGGUGCUUGCGGAUAGUCUUUUCCACAGGAUGAGUUAUGACCAAUGGGUGACUGCCACAAGACCAAAGGUUCAAGGCACCUGGAACCUCCAUGACCUUCUUCCCACGGAUCUCGACUUCUUCGUAGUUCUCUCAUCCCUUGCCGGCAUCAUAGGUUCUGUCUCACAGGGAAAUUAUGCCGCGGGAAAUACAUUCCAGGAUGCUCUAGUGCACUACAGACGACAAAAAGGGCUCGCGGCCCAAAGUCUUGACAUUGGCAUGAUGAAGGGUAUCGGCUACGUCGAAGAGCACCACGACUCUCGAGUGAGAACAAGUCAGGUCCGGGUGACAAGCGUUGAAGAGCAACAAUUUAUGCACGCCUUGCGAUGUGCGCUCUCACGUACAGUCGAUGGCAACGAACCUUUGGCGGCGCAGAUCCUCAUCGGCGCAGGUAGUGGAGGCCUCCAGCAGCUCGUCAAGCAAACAGACGAGAGCGCCGACUUUUACUGGCUACGGUCCCUGGCAUCGUUUUCCUAUCUACAGCAGAUGGACAUCCAGAGGCAGGAUGCAGCCGCUGGCGAUGGCCAGGACGAUACUAGCCACCUUCCCACCCAACUCACCCUAUGCAAGUCGAUGGAUGAGGCCAACGAUAUGGCACAGCAACUCCUACUUGGUAAAAUUGCCAAGCACAUCUCGGUUCCCGCCAGCGAUAUUAAUACGGACAAGCCGAUCCACGCAUACGGCGUUGAUAGUCUGGUAGCAGUCGAAUUGCGCAACUGGUUAUCCAUGGAGCUUAAGAGCGAACUGACCAUCUUCGACUUGACGGGCAGUGACCCAAUAAGCGAGGUGACGAAGAAGAUUGCUAGUAGAUCGAAGCUUGUGCCUACAGCUACCAAGGCCACGGCACCAAACGGUUCAUAA